CAAAAAUCCUCUACCAACAACGAAACAAAUCAUGGCAUUGGUUAAGAAGCAAAUCAAACUCUGUGAAGAUAAUAGAGAAGAUAAAAUCACAACGAGGGCACUACAGAAUCACUCACAGAGGAAAAUGAAGUCAACAACGACAAAACGAACCCAAAAUCCUAGUAUUGUAAUUGAUAUUCUAAAAUAUAUCCUACCAGCAGUUAUACUGAUUGCCUCGCUCAGUCCAGUGAACUGUAUUCCAACAACACCAGUAUCUAGCUGGGUUGAUCCAUGUAACAUAGAUGUCAGCACUGAUUCUCAUUACGAUUGGAGUAGUGUUCCUACACCCGGAAAUACUUUAGCUGACACACUAUCGAUUAUUGGAACCAUGGCUGGGAGAGCUCUCGAUGUAACAGAAAGACUUUUAUCAAAAUUCACUUCAAAGCGAUUUGAUAAUCCAGAUAUUCCAGCAUUAUUAGAAGAUUACAGACUUAAUGGUAUGCCCCAUGUGAACCCAACACCCCAAAGUAUUACAACACUGUCAGGGAAGCCAAUAAGCGAGACGUUGUUACAAGCAUACCACAAUCUUUCCCUUGUUGCAGUUCACAUUGAACAAGUACGUCUAGAUGAAAUAACACACGAAGGUGGAGUGUUUAAAGCAGAUAUCCAUAGUAUAGAAGAUAAACUACGUAACCUUAUGUGCAAUGUCGACGUUGAGCUCAGGCGUCAACAAAUUGUGAUCGAUGAUCACGUUACUAGGGAUGUGAUGCGAGUAGAAUAUAGGAACAUUGUUUCUGGCAUGAUAAGGAGACAACGGGAUUUCCUAAUUCUGAGAGACACUAAAAAGCUAGCUUACUUCCUUCAAAUUCUUUUUACAGAACUCGCUGACAAAGUUUAGGUGAUAGCAAUUAAGAAAACCCAUUUAAAACUUGGCAGUAUGUCAAAUUAUUUGUACGGUAGAUGAUGUUCAUCAAAUAAGUACAUGUAUACUACAAACAUUAAACAUGCAGUCAUUUUUACAGUGUCAUACACUAUUGUAUACCUUUGAAUUAAUAAUACUACAAGUAUGAUAUGUCAUGUUUCACAUCUAGUCGUGUGUACAAAAUAGAUCUGCAGC